AUGAAGCUGCUGAAGCCGAGCUGGGUGAGCCACAACGGCAAACCCAUAUUUUCAGUUGAUAUCCACCCUGAUGGGACAAAAUUUGCAACCGGUGGGCAAGGAGAGGAUUCUGGCAAGGUGAUGAUCUGGAACAUGGCGCCAGUCCUCAGAGAGGAGGAUGAGAAGAACGAGAAUAUUCCCAAAAUGCUUUGCCAGAUGGACAAUCACCUAGCGUGUGUGAACUGUGUGCGCUGGUCCAACAAUGGGCUGUACCUGGCAUCAGGAGGAGACGACAAGCUGGUCAUGGUGUGGAAGAGAGCUGCAUUCAUCGGUCCGAGCACAGUGUUUGGGUCGAGCAGUAAGCUGGCCAACGUGGAGCAGUGGAGGUGUGUCACCAUCCUGAGGAACCACACUGGAGAUGUGAUGGACGUGGCGUGGUCUCCUCAUGACGUGUGGCUGGCCUCCUGCAGCGUGGACAACACAAUCGUUAUCUGGAACGCUCGCAAAUUUCCAGAGAUGGUGAUGUGUCUGCGAGGACACACCGGGCUGGUUAAAGGUCUGACGUGGGACCCGGUGGGGAAAUACAUCGCCUCCCAGGCCGACGACCACAGCCUCCGAGUGUGGAGGACAGUGGACUGGCAGAUGGAGGCCAACAUCACCAAACCCUUCAGCGAGUGUGGCGGGACGACCCACGUCCUGCGUCUGUCCUGGUCCCCAGACGGUCAGUACCUCGUGUCGGCUCACGCCAUGAACAACUCCGGUCCCACCGCUCAGAUCGUGGAGAGAGACGGCUGGAAGACUAAUAUGGACUUUGUGGGCCACCGUAAAGCUGUCACCGUAGUGAAAUUUAACCCCAAGAUCUUUAAGAAGAAGCAGAAGAACGGCAGCGCUCCAAAACCCGGCUGUCCGUACUGCUGCUGCGCUGUCGGCAGCAAAGACCGAUCGCUCUCCGUCUGGCUGACCUCUCUGAAGCGCCCCCUGGUGGUCAUCCAUGAUCUGUUUGAUAAAUCUAUUAUGGAUAUUUCCUGGACUCUGACAGGUCUGGGGAUGUUGGUGUGUUCGAUGGACGGCACUGUGGCCUACCUGGACUUCUCACUGGAUGAACUGGGAGACCCGCUGAACGAGGAGGAGAAGAACAGCAUCCAUCAGAACAUCUACGGUAAGAGUCUGGCUAUAACCAGCACAGAGGCUCAGCUCUCCACCACCAUCAUCGAGAACCCUGAGAUGCUCAAAUACCAGCAGGAGCGACAGAACACGGCCCAGGCCAACUUCGGACCGAGCAGCGCCGGGCCAGAAUCCUCAACCCCCAAACUCAACAGUGUGAUGAACGGAGAGUCUCUGGAGGACAUCAGGAAGAACCUCCUGAAGAAGCAGGUGGAGACGAGAACUGCAGACGGCAGGAGACGAAUCACACCGCUCUGCAUCGCUCAGCUGGACACCGGGGAUUUCUCGCCGGCUCUGUUCAACAGCGCUCCCAUCCUGCCCUCGGGCUCCUCCAUGUCCAACCAGCUCACCUCCCAGCUCAGCUCCGACUCCAGCCCAGGACAGGCCUCUUCUCUGGGGCUCAGGCCGAGCCACGACCCCAUGCUCACCUCGCCUCCAGCCAACAGCGCUGUCAAGGGCCUGGAGGACAACAAGGAUGGGGUGAAGUCCAGUCUGCUGCUCACUUCUGCCUCCAAGAUCGAGCCAAUGAAAGCUUUGGACUCCAGGUUCACAGAGAGGUCAAAGGCCACACAGGGGGUCACAGCCGUCAUCUCCUCCAUCUCCGGACUCACACCUCUAGACAGCAGGCCAAAAGACGGCCUCUCUGCCCUGAUAGACCUAAUGAACAAAGACGACACCAGCAGCGACAGCGAGGACAAAAUGGCCAACAUUAACAAAAACCUGUCAUUCAGCAAGAGGAAACCCGAGCUGCUGCUGGAUGGAGCAGAGGUGGUGGAGAAGAGGAAGAAGGGACGGCCCAGGAAAGACAAGAUGGCUGCACCCAGCACCUUCACUCAGAUAACUCCUGCAGAGCGAGAGCCCAGCAGGGUGGCAGCUCCUCCAGCUCCUCCAGCAGCUCUCAAACUACCAACUCCAAGUAUAAAGAAGGCCUUCAGUCUGCAGGUAAGCAUGGAGCCAUCGAUGUUCCUAGAGGUGGAGAACGAGGUGUCGGUGGUUGCUGGUUCGAAGCUCAGCCAGCUGCGAUGCUCCAGAGACGGACGAGACUGGAAUACGCUGCUGCCCAGCUCAGUGGUCACUGCUGCAGGGAGCAGUGACGUCCUCGCUGUUGCCUGUCAGGACAGGAUGUUGUCAGUGUUCUCUUCCUGUGGGCGGCGGCUCCUUCCUGCCAUCCAGCUGGCCACGCCUGUGUCAGCGCUGCACUGCUCCGCCCACUUCGUCAUGGCUCUGACUGCUGGAGCGACGCUGUCCGUCUGGGACGUUCAGAAACAAAAGGCUCUGGUGAAGAACGAGUCUCUGCUGACCAUUUUAUCUGGUGCUGACACCACAGUGUCUCAGUCGCUGCUGACCCAGCAGGGAGUUCCAGUCAUUGGACUGUCCAACGGGAAGUCCUACUGCUUCAGCUCCUCACUGGAGACAUGGACUCUAAUAGCAGAUAAAGGAGACUCUUUGGUCCAGUGUGCUGACUUCAGGAGCUGCCUACCUACCCACGAUGCACCUGUGUCCUCGGGGCCGCUGGCUGUCAUGCAGGGACGCAACCUCAAUGCUGGUCGGCUGGCGUCCCGCCUCUCCUCCACCCCUCACCACCUGCAGCAGAGCAUGACGUUGGCCUUCCUGGAGAAUCAGCUGGCAUCUGCUCUGACUCUGCAGUCAGCGCAGGAGUAUCGCUACUGGCUGCUAAUCUACGCCCGUUUCCUCGUCAACGAAGGCUCUGAGUAUCGUCUCAGAGAACUCUGCAAGGAGCUGCUGGGUCCCGUCCACAAAUCAGCGGCCACAGCCUGGGAGCCCACCACUCUGGGUCUACGUAAGCGCGAGUUGCUGCGUGAAGUUUUACCCGUAAUCGUUGAAAACCUGCGAUUCCAGAGACUGUUCACAGAGUACCAGGACCAGCUGGAGCUGCUGCGCAACAAAUAACACACACUGCUACACGCACGCACACACACGCACAGACUGACACUAACACACACCUGGACUCAUCAUGAAACCAGUUUGGUUUGUCCCGGCUCGGUUUAGCUCGACUCGGGUGAACUCUGCUUUUCCUCAACUCUGUUAAGCUUGAAACGCUGUUUGGGCUAAGAGCUGAAAAACACAUCCUGGGUACUAACAGCCAGUCCACAGCUUUUCAAGCGCUGGGACUUUUCAGUGCUGUCGCUCACUGGGGAGAAGUGGUGGGUGCUUUGUUUUCUUUUCUAAUCACAAUCUCAGUUUGAACUUUCUUUUUUUUAUGCACCUCUCUCCUGCACUCCUAAUCAUGGACUUAAAAAGAUUAACUUAAGUGAGGCGGUGAUAGAAAGGUCGCUGGUUGGAUUCCUGCCACGUGCAGCAUCAGCAGCUGUGUGAAUCCUUCUCACGUCUGUUUCCCUCCUCAGAGAGAGAGGGCAGAGGUGAGACGCUCAAAAAAGUAUAUAAAUCAGAAUGGAUGUAAAGGAGCAAUAUGCUUGUACCAAAGUGAUGCCUUUAAGUGUAGAAAUAACCACACGCCUCCAUCUGCAACGUGAAGGAAAUGAGGGGCAUCCAGACAAAAAGGUUCAACCGGGUUUUUAAAGGUCGGCCAAUGGGUGAAGUUUUCCGAGCAUUUUGGCUGUUUUUACAAGUGAGAAUGCUAAUGCCAAAAUGUAAAGUCACUGUGAGGUCAUAGCGAGAAAGAUAAUCAAAUGUAUGACCCCACUGGAAAGUGAAUUUAUAUUCCGAAAUACAGGAUAGUCAGAAGGGAUCUCCGGUAUUUAAGUGAUGCCUUUUUGCAGCUGAUUCUAACCCACAAGAGCAUUCACACGUCAGUCAAAGAGCACUUAGAGCAUUUAAGAUGGUAGAAGAUAUGUGCACAAAGAGGAAGCACAACAGACGAAUGUGACUGAGUUUAGAGAAAUCAGCUCACAGUAACACAAUGUCAGACUAAAUAAAGUAAACAAUGGCGACGGGUAAAUCCCUUUUUAGAUGUGCGACAUCGAGGAUCCGUCAUAUUUUGAUCUGCGACUAAGGUAACCUAUUUUUUGACGUCAUGUCGUCAAAUGUUCCACACAAUGUAAUUUUUUUUACCUGAACUUCAUCAGCACCUGAAAGCAAGAUGAUACAUUUAGAGUUGUGUCAAACAAGGCUUCAACGUAAUGAGCUUAAAAAGGUCUUUCAUCAGAUUGAAUCAUCCUUACUGUAAACCACAUACUCCUGCCGGUCUGCAGAUGUCGGACAAGAAUGUGUCUGGAACGCUCUGAAAGGCAGGAAAACAGAAUACUUUUCUUUUCUAAAUACACAGGUUUAACAAAACCUCAACAAGGAAUCCUCUAAUCUGCAGAGACUUGAACUGUUUUACUGUAAACAUGUGACACAGUCACACCCAGACAGAUUUAUUGUAAAUAUCAGUAGCUGCUUGAGGAAAAUGUGCUGAUGUCAGCCUUCCGAAAGCAAAAAAUAAAAACCCAAGUAUCUAUUACUUGGCUCCGCAAAUCUUCAAGGUAUAUAAUGUUUAUUAAACAGGUCUCUGCGGUAAUAAAGAUUCUCUUAUGUGUUUCACAA